GCGCAGAGGAGCUGGACGCAGAAUUGAAGGGUUUGGGGCCUUGGAGGGCGACGGGGAGCGCAGAGCAGGACGUUGCGCCCUUGCGCCCUGCACGGGGUGCGCGGAACCAGGGAGUCUUGGGCCUUGGAGGGCAGCGGAGAGCGUGGAGCCCGAGCUGCGGGACGCAGACGGGAGACGCAGAGCUGGGGGUACUGGGCCUUGGAGGGCGCAGGGACCCCGGCGCAUAGGGGUGCAGGGUUAACGCGGGGCCUGGUGCGCACGGCCCCGGAGCGCAGCGCAGCCCGCAAGCGAGGCCGCGGCCCCGGAGCUCCGUGCGGGUGAGGGUGCGGGGCUCCGCGCGCCCUGGGUCCCCGCCCCCGAGGCCCGGCCCCGUGCUGGGCUGUAGAGCACAGGCGGGGCGGGGAGGCCGCGGGACCGCGCCACAUCCCCCGAGCGGCCACUGCAGGCCGGGGGCUUUUGUGUCCGCGGAGGCCGCGUCUCCCCCGCGCGCGGGCGGAGCGCAGCGCAACGCGGCCCAGGGCGCGCGUAUUCUGCGGGCCGGGCGCGGGCGCCGCCCCCAGGCCGCGGCCCUGAGCCCGGCUGAGCCCCGCGUGUGUGCAGAGCCCCGAGGCCUCGGCCGCCUCCCAAACUUUUCAAAGUCAGUCCGCGGCCCGCCCGACCUGGGCUCCGAGCUCGGCCGGGAGGACCCCGGGGACCAGGAGGAGGACCCGGAGGACUAGAAGGAGGACCCGGAGGAGGAGGGGCCACCGCAUCAAAGACGCCGGCUUCCCGCGGCCCGGGGGCGAGCCAUGCGCGGCGGUCGGUAAUGUCAGCGGAACAGGACAAGGAGCCCAUCGCGCUAAAGAGAGUUCGAGGUGGUGACAGUGGACUGGAUGGGUUAGGAGGACCAAAUAUACAACUAGGAAGCCCGGAUAAGAAAAAACGCAAGGGCAGUACACAGGGACCUUCCUUUCCUCCAUUGUCUGAGUAUGCACCACCACCCAAUCCAAACUCCGACCAUCUAGUGGCCGCCAACCCUUUCGAUGACAACUAUAACACCAUUUCCUAUAAACCACUGCCUUCGUCCAAUCCCUACCUUAACCCCGGUUAUCCAGGCUUUGGAGGCUACAGCACAUUCAGAAUGCCACCCCACGUCCCCGCAAGAAUGUCUUCCCCCUACUGUGGUCCUUACUCACUCAGGAAUCAACCACAUCCAUUUCCUCAGAAUCCCUUGGGCAUGGGCUUUAACCGGCCGCAUGCUUUUAACUUCGGGCCACAUGAUAAUCCGAGUUUCGGAAGCCCACCUUACAAUAAUGUGCUGACUCAGGACAUGAACAUGCCUGGUCAGCAUUUUAGACAGAGCUCUGCUGAGAACUUCAGUCAGAUUCCCCCACAGAAUCCUGGCCAGGUAUCUAACCCUGACCUGGCAUCUAAUUUUGUCCCUGGAAAUAAUUCAAAUUUUACCUCUCCGUUAGAACCUAAUCAUUCUUUUAUUCCACCCCCAAACGCGUUUGGUCAAGCGAAAGCGCCACCUCCCAAACAAGACUUUCCCCAAGGAGCAACCAAAACCACGAGUCAGAAUUCCUCCGCUCACCCGCCUCACUUAAAUAUGGAGGAUACAGUCAGUCAGAGUAACGCUGAAUUAAAAAAUGUCAACAGAAACAAUGCCGUGCAAGAGAACAGCCGUUCGGGUAGUGCAGAGGCCACCAACAGCCACGCCAAUGGGACCCAGAACAAGCCUCGGCAGCCCAGGGGCUCAGCCGACCUGUGCACCACCGACAAAAGCCGCAAGUUCUCCCUGCACCCCAGCCGCCAUGGCCAUUCGUCUUCUGACCCGGUGUACCCGUGUGGGAUUUGUACGAAUGAAGUGAAUGACGAUCAGGAUGCCAUCCUGUGUGAGGCCUCUUGUCAGAAAUGGUUUCAUCGCAUCUGCACUGGAAUGACGGAGACAGCCUACGGGCUCCUGACGGCUGAGGCCUCGGCAGUGUGGGGCUGCGAUACGUGCAUGGCUGACAAGGAUGUCCAGCUCAUGCGCACUAGAGAAGCCUUUGGUCCACCUGCUGUGGGUGGCGACGCCUAACCACGGCUGUCGCCUACCGUGGGUUCCUUUUUCUGUGUAGAACGGGGAUUUGGUGACAUGGGAUUUUAAUGUUCGACAUUUUUUGAGAUGGCACACACAAAAAUACUACAUCUUAGUUCUUACUAACGUUGUGCUUCAUUUCAUUGUUGUGUUUGUUGUCUUAAAUGAGAUUAAUGUGUGUGGGGGUGCUCUAGAGACACCUAUAAAUAAAUGUUCAUUGUUAUUUAUCAUAAACAUAAAAGCCUCUUGAAGCUUCAAAAUAGUGUAUGACAAAGGUAGGCAAGUUUUAACUUUCACAAGUUAGUCAGUAAAGAUAUCUAUUUCACCGCUAAAUUUUGACCAUACGACAGUACACAUUUAGGUCAAGAGUAGACUGAUUUAACGUGUUAUCUGAAUACAAUCUGUGUAGUGAUAA